UCACAGUCUGCUUGAGAAGUCCAAGCAAUGAGCCUUCAUAACCAAAGGUAUUCUGGGAUCAGGAAAAAGGAUGCUCAUGAACUCAGUAUCAAGUUCAACGCUGUGAGGUUCAGUACCAGGUCAAACCUGCUGGCUACAGGGGGAACUGAUAGAGUCAUCAAACUGUGGGACAUUGAAGCAGGAACUCUUCAGAACAGAGGGACACUAGAUGGAAGUAAUGAGGCAUCACCAGCAUUGAGUUUGACCCUAUGAACUUCUACAACUACUUCAAAGAGUUCUCAUCAAAAAAAUCCUCCACGUGCAGCAAUGACAGCUUUGCAGAUCCUUGGCAUUCCAGCUGUCAAUUUGUCCAGCUACUUUGGUAAAGUGACCUCAAACUGGGCCGAAGGUUCGCCUUCCAACAGGACAAUGACCCUAAGCACACAGCCAAGAAAGCACAAGAGUGGCUUGGGGACAACUCUGUGAAUGUCCUUGAGUGGCCCAGCCAGAGCCCAGACUUGAACCCAGUCAAACAUCUCUGGAGAGACCUGAAAAUGGCUGUCAACCGACGGUCUCCAUCCAACCUGACAGAGCGUGAGAGGAUCUGCAGAGAAGAAUAGCAGAAAAUCCCCAAAUCUAGGUGUAGGUGUGCAAAGCUUGUCGCAUCAUUCCCAAAAACACUUGAGGCUGUA